AUGGCUUCCACAAUCGCGCUCCCUUCGAUUUCGCUCGCCAAAGCCGCGUUCGGCGCUUCAGAAUCCUUCAGGAGCUCCCGAUGCUUGGGUUUCAAGAACGAGAUCCGGAGGGUUUCCGGUUUGAAUUUGGAGAAAUCUAGGGUUUUCAUGAGCGUAGCUGUCGGAUCGAGUGCGGAAGUUGCUGUUGAUGAUGCGUUGUUCAAGGAUUACAACCCUUCUUCUGCUUUUCUCUUUCCUGGUCAGGGUGCACAGGCUGUUGGUAUGGGGGUGGAAGCUCAGAAAGUGCCUGCUGCAGCUGAAUUAUACAAGAGAGCCAAUGACAUUCUUGGGUUUGACCUUUUGGAUAUUUGCGUUAAUGGGCCAAAAGAGAAGCUUAAUUCCACUGUUCUAAGUCAGCCAGCUAUCUAUGUGACAAGUUUAGCUGCAGUUGAGGUGCUCCGAGCUCGUGAUGGUGGUCAGCAAAUAAUUGAUUCGGUUGACGUAACAUGUGGUCUAAGUUUAGGAGAAUACACUGCUCUUGCAUUCGCUGGGGCUUUCAGUUUUGAGGAUGGGCUGAAGCUAGUCAAGUUAAGGGGUGAAGCAAUGCAGGAUGCUGCCGAUGCUGCCAAAAGUGCCAUGGUCAGUAUCAUAGGGCUCGACUCUGCCAAGGUGCAACAGCUUUGUGAUGCUGCCAAUGAAGAAGUAGAUGAAGCAAAUAAAGUUCAAAUUGCCAAUUUCCUUUGCACUGGAAACUAUGCUGUAUCUGGAGGCCUUAAAGGAAUCGAAGCAGUUGAAGCAAAGGCGAAAUCAUUCAAAGCCCGAAUGACAGUUCGGUUAGCUGUGGCCGGUGCAUUCCACACCGGUUUUAUGGAACCAGCCGUUUCGAGACUAGAAGAUGCUUUGGCAUCAACAGUAAUCAAAACCCCCAGAAUACCUGUUAUCUCAAAUGUAGAUGCCGAGCCGCAUGCAGAUCCAAACAUCAUCAAGAAAAUACUUGCUCGUCAGGUGACUUCUCCAGUCCAAUGGGAGACGACGGUUAAGACUUUGUUGAGCAGAGGAGUGAAAAAGAGCUACGAGUUAGGACCUGGAAAGGUCAUAGCUGGCAUUGUCAAAAGAAUGGAUAAAGGUGCUGUCGUUGAGAAUAUCGGCGCGUGA